AUGCGGUUUGGAGCUAACAAAAAGUUCGCGGCAGAAUCUACACCGACAAAUAAAGCACUAGACCAAAUUGGGAAGCAGCAUCGAGAAUCUUUUGUCGGACAAAAAAUUCAAGCCUCAAAACCAACAACUUCAUCAGUCAACGACCUACGGUUGUCUCCAGCGCUCUUGUUUGAACUCUUGAAUUGCUGUGCUCAUUCGGUUCCAUCAGAGAGUCCCUUCACGCACACACACUCUCCCAGCGUUCUCCAGUCCCGUAUCUCAUACUAUUCUGGCCUCUUUCACCUCGUCCGAUUCAACAUGAUUAUCCCUGUUCGCUGCUUCUCGUGUGGAAAGGUUGUUGGAGAUCUCUGGGAACGAUACCUAAAGCUUCUUGAUGAGGGCGUGCCUGACGGGGAUGCAAUGGAUCAGCUUGGGUGUAAACGAUACUGCUGUCGACGAAUGCUCAUGACACAUGUUGACUUGAUUGAAAAGCUUCUUCGAUAUAACCCUGCGGAGAGAGAUCGAGCGAAAACCCAACUGUAG